AUGGAGAGCGCCGGGGCGCUGAACGGCUCCGCCGCCGCCGCCGGGCGCUUCGCGGCCGCGGGCACGGCAGCGCUGGGCGCGCUCAUGGCCCUGCUCAUCGCCGUCACCGUGGCGGGCAACGCGCUCGUCAUGCUGGCCUUCGUGGCGGACUCCAGCCUGCGCACCCAGAACAACUUCUUCCUCCUCAACCUGGCCAUCUCGGAUUUCCUCGUAGGCGCUUUCUGCAUCCCCCUGUACGUGCCCUAUGUGCUGACGGGGAGAUGGAUCUUCGGGAGAAGCCUCUGCAAACUCUGGCUGGUGGUUGAUUACUUGCUGUGCACCUCUUCGGUCUUCAACAUCGUCCUAAUUAGCUACGACAGGUUCCUCUCGGUGACAAGAGCGGUCGCCUACAGAGCCCAGCAAGGCAACACCAGGCAAGCAGUGCUGAAGAUGGUGAUGGUGUGGGUGUUGGCAUUCCUGCUGUAUGGACCUGCCAUUAUCAGCUGGGAGUACAUAUCAGGCCAGAGCAUCAUCCCCAGUGGGGAAUGCUAUGCUGAGUUCUUCUACAACUGGUAUUUCCUCAUGACAGCCUCCACGCUGGAGUUUUUCACCCCUUUCAUCAGCGUGAUGUUUUUCAACCUGAGCAUUUACCUGAACAUCCAGAAGCGCACCAAAAUGCGCCUGGACGUUCUCCACGAAGUGCACAACCAGUCCUUCACUGAGGAGAUGGAAAGGAGCCCAGAGGCAAAGCUUUCUUUGAAAUGCUGUAAGUGGGAGCAGAAGGAGUCAGCUGAAACCCUCGACCUCUCUAAGAGCAAAGCUCAAGCAGCAGCCUCCACUUCCAGCCUGGAUGCCAAAGACCUGCUGGAAAUGAGCUCGGAGAGCUCCAGGAAACCCAAGUGUUGCGACAAAAAGAGCUGCAAAACUUCAGCCUCCACUCUGUCCUCAGAGAAACGGGUGAAGAUCGUGUCCCAGAGCACAACCCAACACUUCAGGCUCUCCAGGGACAAGAAAGUGGCCAAAUCACUGGCCAUCAUUGUGGGCAUCUUUGGGGUUUGCUGGGCACCGUACACCCUCCUGAUGAUCAUCCGCGCUGGCUGCCACGGCCAGUGCAUCUCCGAGUUCUGGUAUGAGACUUCUUUCUGGCUGCUGUGGAUCAACUCAGCUGUCAACCCUGUCCUGUACCCUCUCUGCCACUCCAGCUUCAGGAGGGCUUUUAUUAAACUCCUUUGCCCCAAGAAGCUGAAGGUUCAGCCUCACUAUGCCCUUCAGAACUACUGAGGGUGAAGCCAGCCCAGUGUGAGGAUGAGACAAGCCUUGGUUUACUUCUGCUGUACUGGUGUGGGACUGGAGCUUGUUUCCUUGGAAGAAGCCAGGAGCAGCGGUGUGGGGCAGGUGAGGAAGGCAGGAGAGAGCCCACAAUUAACUUAUUUUAGUUCAUCAACAACAACAUCCCACCGCAGAGAAAUAUAAAGGGGUUUAUUGACAUUAACCACGGGCAGGGAAAUCUGUGUCCGCCACUUGCAGGUGUCACAAAAGAGCUCUGCUGCCACCUAGUCAGCCUGAGCAGCACCAGCAUUUUGCUCCAAUAAACUGAAAACUGAAAAGAAAGAGCUAAUAAAAAUAAAUAUCUGGCUUAAACUAGUGUGCUAAACUACAGCUUAGCUGUUGGCAGACCUGAUCUUCCUCAUGAAUGGGAGAGAUUUUUCUUCACACCUGUUACACAUGGAUGAUGAUGAUACAGAAAGAAAAGAACAAACCUCAGAAGGAAAACAUCUCAUUUCUAUUUUUGUUACAGCCAUAAUCUGGAUCCCUGUUUCAUGGGGUGCAAUAGAUGUCCUUUCCACACCCCAAGAAGGGACAGAUCUCUGCCCUAAGGAGUUUACAGUGCCAGCUUCUCCACAGGCUCCAUCCUGACAACCCAAAGACAUCCUCAAAUCUCUCCUGCAGGAUCUUAAAGAUACUCUUCUGGCACUGUGUUAGGGAAUGACAAGCUCAGAUAGAUGCAAAUCUUGUGUUGUUUUUGUUAUGUUCCUUUUUAAAAUGUUCCUUUCAGACCUCUUAAAUUUUUCAAGUUUCAAAAUCUUGCAUUCUUUCUUUUAAAAUACCUCAUUUCAUUGGAGACCUGGCUUGAGCUGAUUCAGUCAACACAAGCAUCAAUUCUUUUACUGUUUAAUUUGAAGUUUUUCUUUAGAGCUGUCAACUAAUUAAACAGAGCACAAGAUUCAAGAGACCAGGACUCUAGCCUUGGUCCUACCAAAAAAUCCUGGUCAUUUUACUCUGCUUCCCAUCUCAUGCUUCAUUACAGCUGCCCAUUUGUUCUGCAGCCUCUUUGGGCACAGAGGCAGUAUGACCAAAAAGCAAAUUAAUUCCACUGCUGGCACUGCUCAGAGAUGUAGUAACACAAAUAAGUAAUUAGUUGCCAUGGCAAAUGCUCGUAUUUAACAGUAUUGCACAGGGGAGCUCAAGAUCCUAAGUCUGAAAACUCCAUUUACAAAUAGAAACCCAAAUGUGGUAAAGCAGAACCCCAAAGCUUAUGAUGUUGUGAUCACCAAUGACAUUUUGCUGCUGCGAGCAAACUGCUUUUGGCUGCUGCUAAAAGUAAAAAGAAAAUGCCAUCAGACUGUAUCUCAGUGAUAUUUGUCAAGUAGAUCAGUAUUGUCACCUGAAGUCAGGUUUUAAAUGAUGUCUUGUCUUGUGUGUGUGAUAUUUCAGACUUGUGACAUGUUCCGUCAGUUUGUUAUAUAUGGGUUAAAACUCACCCCUCAAAGUAUGUGUGCUGUGAAUUGACAGGAUAAAUGUUGAGCCUGCUUGUACCUUUCCCUGCGUCU